GGUCCCCAACCCUCAACAGCACUUGCUCCGCGUCUGCCAGUUCUAGCUUACCAGUGCCGUCCCCGUGUCCAAGCAGUAUCAAAUAUUAAUACAAGCACCUCGGCUCAUUAUGUUAGUGAGGACCAUACCCAUCACAGAGCCCCUCGCAAUAACAGCGGAGCCGCUCACACGGGCCGGCUUCGCGCCCUUCGGCGACGUUGUCGCGAACCCGUGGCCAGAGUCCACACCCUUGAAUACACCGCCCGCGGCCAUCGCGCGCGGCGACCUGCCCUGCGGUGCCGUCUCCGCGAACCAAGGGACGGCCAUCCAGUACAGAGCGAUCGCGUCGAUGCGGGAUCUGUAUGGCGAAGCGCCCAGUCGAAAGGCCGCGAGUCCGCGGAUGACGAUGUUCGUGUGCGGCGCGCGGACGCUCGUAUCCAGAGACAACGGAGGCGGGGGGGAGGACCAAGAAAACGGCUUCUUCGAGGUGAAGGUCCUCGAGCGUCAUCCGUUCACGUCGCAGACUUUCAUCCCGCUGACGGCGGACACGUCGAAGCGGUAUCUCGUCAUCGUCGCGCCGACGCUUGAGAGGAGGGAAGAUGAUGGCGAUGGCAAGCUUUUGCCCGCGCCGGAGGGGACUGGGCUGCCGGGUCGAGGGCUCCCUGAUGUGAGAGGGUUGCGGGCGUUUGUGGCGAGCGGGGAGCAGGCUGUGACGUAUGCUGCGGGGACUUGGCAUGCGCCUAUGGUGGCUCUGGGCCCGGCGGGUUCGACGAUCGACUUCGUGGUCGUGCAGUUUGCGAACGAUAUCCCUGUCGAAGACUGUCAGGAAGUUGCUCUCGAGAACGGGAGGAGAGGGGUAGGGGACGGGGACGGGGACGGACAGGGAGAGAUCUGGGUCCGGGUUCCGGUGAAAGAUACCAGGGCGCUGGCAAGAUUGUAACAGGAGUGAGUGAGUUUACUCAUGGCUGGACCUGGUCAGGCGCGCAAACGCAAAGAGCCUCUUCAAGUUCUUCGGGCACUGCUAGUAGUGAAUAGCGUAUGCAUGGAGUGAGUGAAGUGUUGUGGCACUGAAACUCGGCUGUUUAUUCUCGUCGACGUCGGUAUAUCCUCCCACCAACCACCUGCAACUCGGUGGCUCGUUCACAACAACACCUUUGGU